AUGUCUUUCCGAACCAUCGAGGCUGCAAAGGCCGCACUGCUGGACAAAGAGCUGAUGUCGUCAAUGGGGUUCUCCAUCGACCAGCUGAUGGAAUUGGCCGGUCUGGCCGUGGCCCAGGCCGUGUUUAAAGAGUACCCCCCUUCCUCCGCUAAAAAUUGCUUGAUCCUGUGUGGUCCAGGCAAUAACGGCGGAGACGGCCUCGUGGCUGCGCGCCACCUCAAAUUAUUCGGCUACACGCCAAAAGUGUACUACCCGAAACCAACCAACCGCCCAAUCUUCCAAGGUCUCACCACCCAGCUCGAAAACUUCAACAUUGCCUUCGUUUCUGAUCUUCCCCCAGAAUUGAAGUCAUGUGACCUGAUAAUCGACUCGCUGUUUGGAUUCUCGUUCAAGCCGCCAAUCAGAUCGCCGUUCGACUCGGUCAUUGCGCAGAUGCUCGACGCACAAAACAACGGCAAACACAUCGUCGCAGUCGAUAUCCCGUCCGGCUGGGACGUGGACGCGGGCCCGGUCUCGCCAGAAAUCAAAAAUUACCAGCCAGACCUGCUGGUGUCUCUGACCGCACCAAAACCUUGCACCAAACUGCUCUCCCCACACUCAUCCCACUACGUUGGCGGGAGAUUCAUCCCUCAGGAGUUUGCCCAAAAAUGGAACAUCGACCUGCCACCAUUUCACGGAGUGGACCAAUGCUCUAAAUUAAACUACCAUAUGGAUUAA